GAAACACGUGUACCUUAUAAAAUAUAUUUAAUUCAUUAGGUGUCGCAGCGAAAUGUUUACCUUUGCCUAUUGCUAAACCUAUUCCUGCCGUAUUCGUAAGAAGUACAUCCUCACUUGAUAGCCACACAAUACCUAUCACAGUCAACUCUGUAGUACUAUAUCUAAUAGACUAGUUAAAGUCUACACUUAUUAACAUACCUAGUAUACUAAUAACAAAGCCAAAAUGCCAGCUCCCGGACAAAAUCGACGCAAAAAGUCGCUGUUAAAGAACCACGUGCCCAAAGGCCGGUCGGAAGUGACUGCGAUCACCAAGACACUCACAGCAACACAGAAACGCCAGCGUAUCACGAAUCCCAAGUCAAAUGUUACCUUCUCGAAGAAAAAGCUUAGACAAAAGAAUAAGAAAAGAGACCAGAAAGAGGUAGCUUUGGCCAACGGGGAUGGUAUGGUGGAUGCCGAAGUGGUCGCUGACGAAAAAAUAUCUAAAGUGCAAUUGCCUGUGGCGAGAAAAGGAACCGUGCUUGGUGCUCCCUCUGCCUAAAGGAACCUCUUAAUGGAAUAGUUAGUCAUAUAUAAAUGGGCACCACUGAUGGCGCGCUGUAAUCACUUUUUCAAUGUGGUUACCGCUGGACAUUGUAUAUAAGCAGCGAGAAAUCAGGCCAAGAUUCGUCAUGGGUGCUUGUGUAGAAAUAGAGUAAGUAAUAGAUUAUGAAUUCAAAAAACAAUGAUAGUUAUCACUUCUAAGCGGCAAUCGGCGACACUCCUGCCACCAUCCGCGACUAAAAACAAAAAUAUGUUCAAACUGUAUUUAGUUUAUAUCAUUCGUAUUGUGCAGGCAGGCUAGUAACUGAAUGUCAAAAAAAUCAGGAUAAAUAUGUAUUUCCCUG